GCGAGCGAGCGCGCAGUCGGCGCAAGUGUGAGUGCGAGCGGGAGAGCGCGACGAAGACGUGUUCUUUUGGGCAAGGCGAAAACUCAAACUCAAAUAAUUCGUUUUAUCAGAGAAAAACAACGAAAAAAUUCCAGCAAGUGUCGCGAUAAAAACACGACAAUCGCAUUGCAGCCGCGGCAGAAGCGAAGAAUCAGCCUCAGCUGACCGGAAAGUUAACAACGUAGCGGUGGCGACGUGGAAAAUCAUCAGAAAGUCACCCAAAAAAUAAUUUCGCAAAAUGUGUGGCAUUUUCGCUUACCUAAACUACUUGACGCCGAAAUCGCGACAGGAGGUGUUGGAUCUCCUAGUGCAGGGAUUAAAGCGACUGGAGUACCGUGGCUACGAUUCCACGGGCAUAGCUAUAGAUGCCCUGAAUUCCGGGGAGGAACCAUCAUCCAUACUCCUGGUAAAAAGAACUGGCAAGGUGAAGAUCCUGGAGGAUGCGGUGGCCGAGGUUUGCCUGGGUCAGGACUACUCCCUGCCCAUAGAUACCCACAUAGGCAUUGCCCACACGAGGUGGGCCACCCAUGGCGUUCCCUCCGAGGUCAACUCGCAUCCCCAGAGAUCCGAUGAGCAGAACAGCUUCGUUGUGGUUCACAAUGGGAUUAUUACAAACUACAAGGAUGUCAAGACUCUCUUGCAGAAGAGGGGCUAUAUCUUUGAAUCCGACACCGAUACGGAGGUCAUUGCCAAGCUGGUCCACCACCUGUGGCAGCAGCAUCCCGGCUACACCUUCGGCGAGCUCGUGGAGCAGGCCAUCCAGCAGCUGGAGGGCGCCUUUGCCAUUGCUUUUAAAUCUAAGCACUUUCCAGGGGAAUGUGUGGCCUCCAGGAGGGGUUCACCACUCCUGGUAGGGAUCAAGGCCAAAACCAAGCUGGCCACCGACCACAUACCCAUCCUGUAUGCCAAGGCCCAUCGGCCACAUGGUCAGCCGCAGGCGCAAGCCUAUCAAGUCCUGCCCUCUGGCGAUUGCAAGGCGGAAUUUCAGCCCCUGGAACGCAAGGAGGUGGAGUACUUCUUCGCCUCGGAUGCCUCGGCGGUGAUAGAGCACACGAAUCGGGUGAUUUACCUGGAGGACGACGACGUGGCGGCCGUGAAAAGCGAUGGAACGCUCAGCAUUCAUCGGCUGAACAAAUCCUCCGAUGAUCCGCAUGCCAGGGAGAUUAUCACGCUGAAAAUGGAGAUCCAGCAGAUCAUGAAGGGCAACUACGACUACUUCAUGCUGAAGGAGAUCUUCGAGCAGCCGGAAUCCGUGGUGAACACGAUGCGCGGCAGGAUGCGCUUCGAUACGCAAACGGUGGUGCUGGGCGGGAUUAAGGAGUACAUACCGGAGAUCAAGCGCUGUCGUCGUUUGAUGCUGAUAGCCUGUGGGACAUCCUAUCACAGUGCCGUGGCCACCAGGCAGCUGCUGGAGGAGCUAACCGAACUGCCGGUGAUGGUGGAACUGGCCUCGGACUUUCUGGACAGGAAUACGCCCAUUUUCCGGGAUGAUGUGUGCUUCUUUAUCUCCCAAUCAGGUGAGACAGCCGAUACGCUGAUGGCUUUGAGGUAUUGCAAGCAGCGCGGAGCCCUCAUUGUGGGUGUGACCAACACGGUGGGCAGCAGCAUCUGCCGGGAGUCGCACUGUGGCGUUCAUAUCAACGCAGGACCCGAGAUCGGUGUGGCCUCCACGAAGGCCUACACCUCGCAGUUCAUUUCGCUGGUCAUGUUCGCUUUGGUCAUGUCCGAGGAUCGCCUGUCGCUGCAGCAACGCCGGCUGGAGAUCAUCGAUGCGCUGUCCCAGCUGGACGAGCACAUUCGGACCGUCCUGAACCUGAAUUCGCAGGUCCAGGAGCUCGCGAAGGAGCUGUACCAGCACAAGUCGCUGCUCAUCAUGGGCAGGGGCUUCAAUUUCGCCACCUGUUUGGAGGGAGCACUGAAAGUCAAGGAGCUGACGUACAUGCACAGCGAGGGAAUCCUGGCUGGAGAAUUGAAACACGGACCGCUGGCCCUCGUGGACGAUGAGAUGCCGGUGCUGAUGAUCGUCCUGCGGGAUCCGGUGUACACCAAAUGCAUGAAUGCCCUGCAGCAGGUCACAUCCCGCAAGGGCAGACCCAUCCUUAUCUGCGAGGAGGGCGACAACGAGACGAUGUCCUUCUCCACACGAUCGCUGCAGAUCCCGCGGACGGUGGACUGCCUGCAGGGAGUGCUCACCGUCAUUCCGCUCCAGCUCCUCUCCUACCACAUCGCCGUGCUGCGCGGCUGCGACGUGGACUGCCCCAGGAAUCUGGCCAAGUCGGUGACCGUGGAGUAGGCACCACAAUUAUCCUGGCAUUGGCCGCAUCAAGAAUUCCAUUUUAGUAUCUGCCUGAAAAAAUCAAAUCCCUAGGACUUAAGUUGAAAUCUUUUGGUAUUUUCACGGAUUGAAAACAAACAUUACUCUACAUUUAACCCGCUGUCCCCCUUCCGGCUGGAGUCGGUCCUGUUAACCCCCCCACGCAUUUUGUAGCCCAUACUGACCCCUUGUGUUGUGAAACUAUUACUUUUUGUGAAUGUGCAAUUGAAAUAUAAAUAUUUCCAGAUUUUCUCUAAAAA